AUGGAGAACGGAAAUCUGCUGCAACACAUGCGUCACCUUCCCAAACCAACCACAGGAAUAUUAGGUGGGAUUGAAUGUGUCCGAUUGCAUCACUUAAGAGUUGCUCAGAUCAAUUGAAUGGUGCAUUUAGGGGCGAAUCCUAACUUCCACUUAAAGCGCCAUUCAGCAGUUGAAACAAUAACAUAGCUAUUGGUAACCAGCAGAGGGAUGGGGCUGGAGAAAUAAUAUAAUAUAAUAAUAUGGAGAAAUGUAACCACUCUCGAAUUCAUAGACAGGGCUAUGGAUGCAAGGACUGACCAUCCAUGAUAUCAACAUUAUAGUUUUAACCAUGUUUUGUUGACAUUUAGUUUGUAUACAAACAUUGGAGUAAAAUGAAAACAAGCUUAUAUUUUGGGUUCUGAUAGGGUAUGACAGUUGAACUAAACUCAUGAGGCAUUUAUAAAUUAUAUUCUUCAAUAAUCAAUGGGUACAUAUAAUUAAUUUAUAGGUCAAAAAAAUGUAUGUAGUAACUGCAGAUUUCCCCUUUUAAGUCAAAGUUUGCUAAAAUAUGUAUAUUGGGUUUAGGGUAAAAAGCUGAACCUAUAUACUCUCUCCCCCCAGGUAUCUCUAAACUACUUGCAUGUGUCAUUCCUAUUGCUCAGAUCACCAUAGGUGAAGUAAUAAUUUUUAUAAUAAACCUUCCUUACCACUGUUGUACACUUUGAAACCCCCUCUUGCCACAACUGCCCAUCCCAACCUCUCCUGCCCCUAUGUAUUACUGUAUAGGUGCAGUGUACCUGUAUGACUGCCCCCGGCAGCACUACAUCCCCAUUUACCUGGUGGUAAUGGGGGCCUUCGGCCUGGCCCUAGCCCUGCUCUCUUGCCUACCCUGUGCCCAGGACUCAGAUGGCAUAGACCCCAACCCCCUGAACCACCUCUGCACCACCUGGAGCACCCUGGCCUCCUUCUUCCUCUUCUGCUGGUUCAUCAGCGGUGAGUCUGAGAGACCGUGGGAGAGAGAAAGACGGUGUGGUAGGAUAGAGAAAGAACACUGUGUGUGUGUGCGUGCAUGCGCGCGCAUGUUUGUGUGUGAAUAGGAAGAGAGAGAGAGGAGGAAGCGGUCAAGCACACUUUUAACCUCUUCCAAGAACUAACUGAUUCCCACCAAAAAUGCAACGUUAUAGUAUCUCAAGCUGUGGAAGUGAAAGACUCAUGAGUUUGUAACUGUUAGGAAACAUUUACUGUACAUAAUGACAGUCUUUUCAAAAUUCAUACCAAAGUUCUCUCUCUCUCUCUCUCUCUCUCUCUCUCUCUCUCUCUCUCUCUCUCUCUCUCUCUCUCUCUCUCUCUCUCUCUCUCUCUCUCUCUCUCUCUCCAGGUAACGUGUGGAUCUACUCCAUCUAUCAGCCCAACUUCAACCAGACACUGACUGAGGACCCCUACUGUAACAAGACCCUGUACCUGUUUGCCUUCUGGACCACCACACUAGCCUACGUUGUGCUGGGUCUUCUGCUGCUGGGGGGAUGCUGUAUGCUUGUCUGUGCCUUUGUAUUGGGCAAGAGCGACCCUGAUGACAACAGAGCAUGAGGGAGGUGAUGGGAGGAGGGGAGGAGGGGAGAGUAGAGGGCAGUAGAGGAUACAGGAGAGGAGAAGAGGGGAGGAGCGGGUGUAUAAUGUUUACCUAACAAACUAGAGAAAACCAAUGGAAUCCAGUUAUCGAUUGGAUAACAACGCAACUGUCACGCCCUGGCUCUGGGGACUAUGUUAUGUUGAGCCAGAGUGUAAGUCUAUGUUUUGUAUAUCUAUGUUGGCCUGAGUGACUCCCAAUCAGAGGCAACGAGUGUCAGCUGGUUGUCUCUGAUUGGGAGCCAUAUUUAACUAUCGGUCUUUUCAUUUUGUGUUGUGGUUUCUUGUUCCUUUUGGUUUGUGUGUAUCAAAGGACUUCACGUUUCGUUCGUUGUUUUGAUCGGGUGAUCUGUUUAAUAAAUAACAUGUACGCAUUCAACGCUGCGCAUUGGUCCUCCUCCUUAAGCGAACGUGACAGAAGAAACCACCAAGAAUGGACCAAGCAGCGUGAAGAGGAGAGAGGAAGGACCUGGGAUCAGGGGAGUAGGAGUUUCGGCUGGGCCACGCUAAGUGAAGAGGAGAGAGGCUGGUCUAUGAAGCAAUGGAUCGAGAGUCUGGCGAGAGCUAGGGAGGCCUGGUCCACGGGGAGGAGAGAACCCCAGAAAAUUUUUAGGGGGGGGCUCACGACGUGGACGACGGGGCAGCAGGAGGCCGCGAUUGGAGCGGUCCAGCGGGUGUGAAGAGGAGGCCGCCAGGGUUAAGGGGGCCACUGGUCACAGAGGAGAGGAAAGUGUGGAGGCACGGCGAGAGGUACUGGGGUAUGGGGUAUUACCAGUCCGGUCCGGCCCGGUCCUGAUCCCCUGCAUAGGGCCAGUGGCGUGUGUCCCCAGUACGGUUCGGCCUGUUCCUGCCUCUCGCACCGAGCCUGUGGUGCGCGUGUCAGCCCUGUCCGGCCCGUUCCUGCUCUCCGUACCAAGUCGGUGGUGCGCGUCGCCAGCCCGGUCCGGCCCAUUCCUGCUCUCCGCACUCAGUAUGUGGUGCGUCGGUCGCCCACCGCCCAGUCCGGUCCCAUCCAGCUCCCGCUUCCCCACCAGCCAAGUGGUGUGGUCGUUCAGUCCGGCCACGGGCCCGUGCCUGCUCUCCGCAACCAAGUCUAUGGUGGUUUCGUCAGCCCGGUCGGCCCGUUCCUGCUAUCCGCACCAAGUCUGUGGUGCGCGUCGCCAGCCAGCCGGCCAUCCAAGAUACCGCGCCACCAGGGUCAGGGUGCGCGUCGUCAGCCCGGUCCGGCUCAUUUCCUGCUCCCCGCACCAAGCAGGGCGUGCGCUUCGUCAGCACGGUACAGGGUGCGCUUCGCAGCCCGGUCGGCCCGUUCCUCCUCACGCAUCACAACCCGUGCCUGGGUCAUGUCCGGAGCCGGAUCCGCCGCCGAGGCGGAGUGCCCACCCGGUCCCUCCCCUGUUGUGGUGGUUUGGCGCGGCCGGAGUCCGCGCCUUUGGGGGGGGGGUACUGUCACGCCCUGGCUCUGGGGACUAUGUUAUGUUGAGCCAGAGUGUAAGUCUAUGUUUUGUAUAUCUAUGUUGGCCUGAGUGACUCCCAAUCAGAGGCAACGAGUGUCAGCUGGUUGUCUCUGAUUGGGAGCCAUAUUUAACUAUCGGUCUUUUCAUUUUGUGUUGUGGUUUCUUGUUCCUUUUGGUUUGUGUGUAUCAAAGGACUUCACGUUUCGUUCGUUGUUUUGAUCGGGUGAUCUGUUUAAUAAAUAAUAUGUACGCAUUCAACGCUGCGCAUUGGUCCUCCUCCUUAAGCGAACGUGACAGCAACAGUCUUUUGCGCUAAGUACACCAAGUGUUCGGAGAAAAUGAAAGCAAUCCUGAAAAAAACAUCCUUCUUCAGACAUCCACAUACAGGUCGAAAAAUCCCUGUUAGGUGUAUCAUCUCAAACAGAGUAAUCUCCUCACCUGUUCAUGUGGGUAAGCCUACGUAGGAUGUUGUAAGUCGCUCUGGAUAAGAGCGUCUGCUAAAUGAUGUAAAUGUAAAUGUAAAUGUAGGACAAACGAAAAGACAAUUAAAACAACCAUAGCUGAACACCGCAGCUCAAUCAGGUGUAAGAACACUGAUUAUCCAGUAGCAGCUCACUUUGUUGAAGCAAACCAUUCCACGGGCUCCCGAGUGGCACAGCCGUCUAAGGCACUGCAUCUCAGUGCUUAAGGCUUCACUUCAGUUCGAUUCCAGGCUGUAUCACAACCGACCGUGAUUGGGAGUCCCAUAGAGCGGCGUACAAUUGGCCCAGCGUCGUCCGGGUUUACCGGUGUAGGCCGUCAUUGUAAAUAAGAAUUUGUUCUUAACUGACUUGCCUAGUUAAAUAACAAAAUCUCCUCCCUCAAAUGUUGCUCUACCAAGGACCGAAGGUAACAUCGAGAUCAGUUUCACUCUAAUCAACCUAAUAAUUAUGACACACCCCUCACUAUUGUCAUUGUUUGUCUGCAUAACCCUGGUUCAAGCAUUCAUGACAUUACGCUGAAGAAGGCACAGUAAUGCUGAAACAUUGGUGUUUUACUCAAUAAAUGACUGGGAGUUUAUAUACAUAGAGUGUGCAACUCUGUUUAUUAAUUUUGAUAGCUUACAGUUUAUUCCCCGUUAGUCAGCACCUCUACACAAAAUCAUUUUCUCUGGGUGUGUUCCAGCUCAUGCUUGUUAUUAGAGGGGCGGCAGGUAGCUUAGUGGGUAAGAGCGUUGUGCCAGUAACCGAAAGGUCGCUGGUUCUAAUCCCCGAGCCAACUAGGUGAAAAAUCUGUCGAUGUGCCCUUAAGCAAGGCACUUAACCCUAAUUGCUCCUGUAAGUCGCUCUGGAUAAGAGCGUCUGCUAAAUGACUAAAAUGUAAAUUAGAGAUAUUAUCUACCUAGUAGCUCUAAAAAGCACUGCCAAUGCUGUCCCAGAAGCUAUAAUAGCAAAAUAUAUAAUAGCUCUCUUUCAAACUCUAUGUAACUCUCUUUCCAACUCUAUCCUUAAACAGACAUGUUGAUAAGCUUUGUUGUCUAUUCCCCCAGCAUGGUUGAUCCCAGCAGGUGGUACAAUUGUGGGCUUGGACCACAUUAUGAUGGGUAAAUUAAGGACACUUUCAAAAUACCUUUUCUAAACACAAAUAAAAUCAUACAUCGCCAACCACCCUUCAAAAUAACUUAAGUUACUUCUACAUCUCUAGGUGUUGUGUACUUCAAUGACUACCAUGUCCUUCAUCUCAGUCCAUUCUUGUAUCCCUAUCUACCUGUUGAUGAUUGGAUCUUUAUGCCUGGUCUUGGUGUUCAUCUACAAGUUUAAGUUAAUCUGCUGCUCAUUGUAUUUCUAUGACUGUAGUUACAUCAUAAUGGAUGGUUGUAUCACCGUAGUGGGAUUCAUUCUGAUCAUAUGUAUCACCCUAGGUGAGAGAGAUGUCCAGUCCAUGAACAUGAGACCAUGUUUUGAUGUCAAAGGCCCUGUCCAGUGAAAAUAAGAACUUCCAUAGAAUUACAAAUGAUGGGACAAAAAUGCAUUUCAAUUCAUUGGAACAGGGCCACGGCGUUAUCGUCACAGCCAUAGGAACCAGCCAUUCUUGCAUGCUUCUUAAGUCAUCAUGAAUAAUUCAGUAUAAUUAUUAUUUUCUCUUUGUCUACAGGUAAUGUGAUAACCUACAGUGUAUAUCCACCCAGCUAUGAUCAGAGCAAAACAUACCGUGACAAACUUGUUCACAUUCUCUACCUCUAUCAUAUUGGACAUUGUUAGUGCAGUGGCACAGUCUGCGUGGAUUAUCAAGUUCUUUCAGCCAUUUGAUCUCUGUGGUGAUAGUUUCAGUGUUACUUUCUGUGAGUGCUGCUGGAGACGUUAUGGGAAGUGUGUGCUGUAAACACGCCAAAUUAUGGGAGUGCUGUGGAGACUUCAAGCAAUGAAACCUUGGCAGGCUGUGGGGAACGUAAGGCAACAUGCCCAGCAGUUUCAAAUAAAUGUCAUACAAGCUGACAAUGUUUAUGUGCUGCCUGGACAGGAGUGGUCUCAUGAGUAUUUGAUUUUUGGUUUUGAGACUUUUUGACUAAAGGGUUUUUGACUUGCCUUGUUGCUGAACCGUCCAGUCUAUUUUUCACAUACUGUACAUCAACACACUGGUAUGGUAAUAAAAUCAAAUAACAUCUUCCCCAUUGAGUUCAAUGAGAAAUAUACAGUACAUACUAUAUGCAUUAUCAUUGGGAAACACUCAUUUGAAGUGUUGUAAUGAUCUAGUGGUGUCUUGGGGACUAUUUCCAAACAUCCUGCCUCAAUAAAGACAUCAAAAAAGUAAUGUAGCUCUGGUAACUCUGGCUUUAACGGUGUUAGUCUCUGAAAAGAGAAGACGGCAAACAAGAUGGCUGCUAAGAAUAAUUCGAUAUGUAGGGUAUGAGUUGUGUGUGUGUGUGGUCAUGUGGUGUUGUAAUGAUUCUGCUUUGCCCUGAGGGGCCAUUUCAAAACAUCCUACCUCAAUGGUGAAAGUUUCAAAGUUGACUAAUUAUGGCACAAGCUGUGAGGCUACACGGUAACGGAAAAUAAAACAAAUUGACAGAUUCACUCCUUCACACAAAAGAGACAGGUAAGAGAUACUCACAAAAUAAAAAAUACAUAUUUGAUGUAUUGAUAUACUUUUAUCAACAGCUAAUUUGAGGGCUCAGUGUUUAUUUCCACGACAUUGGACAACCAUUCAUUUAUGAUUUCAGCAUUUGACAUAAAGUUAAUCAAGUAAGAACUGCUAUCUAUAGUGUGUAUUUAUUUUACGCUUUAUUUAUUAGUGGCACAGUGUAUAGUAGUGAAUAUAAACUGCAGCUGGUAUCUUUAAAUGUCAGUCUUCGCUGUCUGCAAUUUGGUAAAUAAAAACUUUGAACCUGGAACCAUCUAUCAAAUAUUUUAAGUCUGAUUGUUAGUCCAUUGAAAUGACAGUUCAGAGACCAAUCCUGUGUCUAUUCCUUUAAGAUUUAAAGGACUCACAAAAGAUGGAGACUUCACAGAGGUCUCCCGUUCUGUCAUCCUUUCUGAUCUCAAUAAUAGGUACAGUAGCUACCUCUCAUAUAACAAAUGAGUGUUCAGUGUUUUCAGCAUUUGUUGAGUUUGUGAUCUCUCGCUCUCUCUGUUUACAGUUGUGCUGAAUAUCAUCGUAUGGAUGCUUCUGAUGUCAGCAGUGGGAUUAGGUGUGUACCUCAUAUUUCCUUUCCUCCCCAUAGUCCUUACUGCGAGAAUGGCAUUGACGGUGGAUAAGAUACUGCAAGAUGCCUAAAGCCACCUAUUGAGAGACACUGACAGACUGUAUAUCAUCAAUCUCCACUUUCUUGCUCUGACUCCUUUAGGGGCAAUGCACCUACAUGACUGCCCCUUACAGCCUUAUCUCCCCAUCUACCUGCUGGUGAUCGGGGUGACGUCCGUCGCCUCCCUGCUCCUGUCCUACCUCAAUAACACACUGGAGACUGGCUUCCUAAGCCUACUGUGUUCCUUCUGCAUCCUCCUCCUCCAACUCUUCAACAUCGGCUGGUUCAUCAGAGGUAAGCAAGAGGGAUGA